UGUCUUCCUCUAGCAGUGUGGUUUUCUGUGGUGAUUUCUGUCCGCUUUCAGUUUGUUGUGGAAAUGUGAGUCUGGUUGGAGCUCCCUUGCAUGGUCGCAGAGAUAGGAAAUGGUAUGGCUGAUCUUUUAGCAGCACAUUUCAACAGUGGUCUUGUGGCGGCAAAGCUUGGCGGUGGUGAGCGACCGGUGUGUGGCAACCCUGGCACAGGAAUGCUGUGGCGAGAUCUGGGCUUUGUUGCCCAGAGAUAUGUAGUGAAGGAUGAAUUUCAUCCCUUCAUCGAGGCCCUCCUCCCCCAUGUCCGUGCCUUCUCGUACACCUGGUUCAACCUGCAGGCCCGUAAGCGCAAGUACUUCAAGAAGCACGAAAAGAGGAUGUCCAAGGACGAGGAGCGCGCAGUGAAGGACGAGCUGCUGGGGGAGAAGCCAGAGAUCAAGCAGAAGUGGGCCUCGCGCCUGCUGGCCAAGCUCCGCAAGGACAUCCGGCCCGAGUUCCGCGAGGACUUUGUGCUCACCAUCACGGGGAAGAAGCCCCCCUGCUGUGUGCUGUCCAACCCCGACCAGAAGGGGAAGAUCCGCCGCAUCGACUGCCUCCGCCAGGCCGACAAGGUGUGGAGGCUGGACCUGGUGAUGGUCAUCCUGUUCAAGGGCAGCCCCCUGGAGAGCACGGACGGGGAGCGGCUGGUCAAGUCGCCCCAGUGCUCCAACCACGGCCUGUGUGUCCAGCCACACCACAUUGGAGUGACGGUCAAGGAGCUGGACCUCUACCUGGCCUACUUCGUCCACUCACCAGGUAUGUGGUCCCUGACCGCAAUAAUAUAUGAAACACACACACACACACAGAGAUAUCAGCUAGUGAGCUUCUUCAUGUGGUGAUUUGUCUCACACACA